AUGGCUGCUACACUCUUCUUGGUGUUGCUUGGACUAGGCGUCUUUUUUGUGGCUCUCAUCCUCUAUCUUCUGCGCACCAACCGGUUGCUGAAAGAGACGCCCCAUCAGGUUGGACGACUGAGAGGCGAGCCCUGGGACCCAGAGCUACUGAGGAAAACCUACGAAACCCUUGAAAAGUCUCCAAUAAACUUCGAUGGGCGUUUACCUCCCAAACUAGAUAGAAGAUAUAUUGUCACCGGAGGCAAUGGACUUGUUGGCGGAUAUAUAGUUCUCCAGUUAUUGGCUCGUGGGACACUCCCUAGGUGUAUUCGAAUCAUCGAUGUUCGAGAGACUGAGCGAAAUGAUCUUCGGGAAGGUCUCGCGGCUCAAGUGGACUUUGUGCAGACAGACAUUACCUCCAAGCCUGCUGUUGGCAAUGCUUUUUCUAAGCCGUGGGAUCCGAAAAUAGCAUCUUUGCCACUCACAGUCUUCCAUACAGCUGCUGUCAUCAUACCUGGAGCCAGGUCCAAGUAUCUCUACAAGUUCACCGAGGCCGUCAAUAUACAGGGAACCAAGAACGUCUUGGCUGCUUCUCGUGCAGUCGGUGCCGAUAUCUUCAGCUCAACAUCGUCAGCUUCGAUAUCCAUCCGACCAGUCGAAGCCUUUGUAGUACCGUGGGCAGAGCCGAAGCACUAUUGGCAGGUCAUGGAUACACAGGACUUUGAUAAGCCAUUACGGAAACAUGAGGAAUACUUUGCCAACUAUGCUGUUUCGAAGGCCAUUGCAGAACGUCUCGUGUGUGCUGAGAAUGAACCGUCUUUUCGUACAGGAUGCAUUCGACCUGGGAAUGGUAUCUAUGGUCAUCCCUCUGAUAAUCCCAUUGGCAAUCUACUGGCUAGAGAUGUCAAUCAAACCUGGGUCCCGCACAUCGUACAGAACUUCGUUCAUGGCGCCAACGUCAGCGUCGCCCAUCUAUAUCAUGAAGCUGCACUAGCAAAAGAGAAUUGCACUCAGGCUGGUAAGCCGUUCGUUGUCACGGAUGUUGGUCCGCCAAUCACUUUCGGAGACGUUUAUACCGCUGUGGAAGUCUUAUCUGUUCACCCUUUUCGAAAUGUUAUCGUGCCGCCAUUGGUCAUCCUUUUUAUGACGUAUAUCGUCGAAUGGUUCAUCUUACUUCCUUAUCGCCUCCCAUUUCUCAAAGGAAUGCUUCCAGAGGUCAAAGGCGAUCUCAGAACAGUUCAGCCCGGGCUCAUCACCAUCUGCACUCAUUUGAUAGCAUCUGAUGCUGAGGCUAGGAAGCCUAUCUCUGAGGGCGGGCUAGGGUACAAAGGAGUUCUCACGACACUGGAAGGGGUUGUCUCAGUCAUCAUGGACUGGAACCGUGAUCAUGCAGGCGAACGGACUAGAGAAGGAAAGAAGAUCUACCAAGGUUCCCUAAGACUAGCCGAGAUGUUGGAAGAGGCUGGAUCGUCUGCCCCUCUAUAG